CUCGCAAGCGACCGAAGCUUCGAAAGUUUCAAGGGGGCUCUUAGGAGGACCAUUGCCACCUGCAUACACUAAGUCAAAAAUCACCAAACGCAAGAUGUUCAACGGCAUUUUGUUCCAACAGUCAUUGCAGGAUCUCGUCAAGGGCAUCCGCGCACACCGCCGUGAUGAGGAAGAAUACAUCCGGUCCAAGGUUGCCGAAAUUGCAGAAGAAUGCCGAGGCGCAGAUAUGGCAAAGAAGACCACAGCGGUUUUGAAACUCACACAUCUGCAAAUGAUGGGACAUAGUGUAGGGUUUGCAUCAUUUCACAUCGUGGAGGUCAUGAGCAGCCCCGUUUUUGCAUCCAAGCGCAUCGGCUAUCUCGCUGCGGCACAGUCUUUCUCGCCUACAACAGAUGUACUACUCCUUACAACAAAUCAAUUCAAGAAGGAUCUGACCAACGGCAAACUGCAAGACUGCUCGCAGGCACUCACCUGCUUGGCUAAAUUGGUUACUGAAGAUCUCGGGCGCGAUUUGGAACAUGACGUUUCUCUGCUUCUCAACAGUCCACGCCCAUAUAUUCGAAAAAAAGCAUUGCUAGUGCUCUUCCGUUUGAUCAUGGUGCAUCCUGAUACACUCCCAGUGGUGAGCCAACGCUUCAAAGAUCGCCUGGUGGACAGCGAUCCUGGGGUAGUGUGUGCGGCAGUGACAGUUACCUGUGAGCUAGCACGAGCAUCCCCGAAAAGCUUUUUAUCGUUAGCUCCUUUGCUCUACCAAUUGCUAACGAACAAAGAAAGCAAUAAUUGGAUGUUGAUCAAGAUUGUCAAGUUGAUGGGUGUGUUGACUCCACUUGAACCUCGGCUCGGGAAGAAACUUGUAGAACCUCUCACAACCUUGAUGCGGACGACACGUGCGAAGAGCUUAUUGUAUGAAUGCUGCAGCACAGUAACAUCAGGAUUAAUGGCGCACCCAGAAGCUGUUGAACUCUGUGCUCAGAGAUUAGGGGAGUUCAUGGAUGAAAGCGACCAGAACCUUAAGUAUCUUGGUCUCCUAUCCAUGAAGAAGUUGAUCCAAGCACAUCCCCACCUAGCUUUAGAGCACAGAGACAAUAUCCUUGACUGCUUGGACGAUGAGGACAUUGGGAUUCGAAUGAGGGCUUUAGAGUUGGUUUCUGAGUUUAUCACGAAGCGAACACUCCGAGAUAUCUCUCGGAUCCUACUCAAAAAGCUGCGAAAGGCCAGUGCUGAAGGAUUCAGUACGGAUGCUGUCAUUCUAAACGGGCAAAGAGAGACGUUUUCGGAUUCUACGUCUGCCUACAUGCCUGUUACAGACCAGGAAGCCCCAUAUCGCCAGUCUCUAGCUCGGCAACUUUUGAAAGCGGGGGAGUAUAAGCGAAGCGCACAAACGGCGAAGUCGGGAUACGAUAUGCUUCUAACCGGCGAUGACUUCGCCUGGUACACUACAGCCAUACUCGGGGGACUCGCAGAAAUUCCGUUGCUGUCAAACGAGAUACGUAACAAAAUUGGUGACCAGCUUCUUGAGCUAACGUCAAGAGUUGAAGCGUUGCGCCCGAUUAGUGUUAAGGUCGCGCUUUCACUGCUUUCUGCAAGAAGAAAGAUGUCUGCAGUGCGAGCAAUUGUUGAUCAGAAAGAGACGGUGUCCGCGGAAGAUAUGCUUGGUGUUGAGGAAAAUGGAGAACCAAAGAAUGCCACUGAAUCAGACACACAGAUAAAUGGCAUAUCGAAGAAUCCAGAUCAACCGAUUGGAGCUUGCUCACAGAGUUCUGAUGAAGCUCUUCUUCCCCCUACUCUGGCAGCAAGCAACGCGUGGGUGGUUGGCGAGUACAGUGAACUCAUCGAAGAUCCUGUUGCAGCAGCCGAAAUCCUUAUAUCAUUCCCACGGAAGGGCCUGGACUCCGCAGACCAGGUUCGCAUUUUAACAGCCGCUAUGAAGGUAUAUGCAAGCUGUCAUGAGGACGACGCCUCCCGUCUUCACAAUGUGAUCAGGCGUUUCGUUGAUUCUUUAGUUGACAAUCAGUUUGCUGAAGUGCAAGAGCGCGCAUGGAUUUUCAAGACUCUCUUGACCGCAUGUGUAGAGGGCAGUGGAAAUCCUCUUGCCGCUCUCUUUGAAGGAAAGCUAAUUCCCGUUGAUUACCGUGCCCAAUCCAAGAUUCCAGUCGGCGGUGGUCUUGACUUGAAUCAACCAUUGUUAGAUACUGGCUCCGACUCUCUCUUUACACACCUGCUGAAAACUAUCGAAACUAAAGUUGACGAUGGAGAUGGCGGGGACGAUGACAACCUCUUCCGAGAAGCCGUGUUCGCAAACUCGACUUUGUCGUUUAGCGGUGUGCAGAUGGGAAGUUCCAAUUCUGCGUCUGGUCAUGGUCCACUUCUGGCAGGCUUGCCGGAAGCCGUCGACAGAGGCAACAAUCCGUAUUACCUCGGUGCAACUUCUCGCUCAAAUACUGAUGCCAAGACGCAACAAGACCAGCUUUCGAUGACAGAAAGCAAAUCUCCUCAGCAAUUCAAGUAUGACAUACCUCAGCUCUCUACAGAGGCAGCUGCUGUCCUUGCUGAAGAAUCUCCAUCUGGUCUCAAGCUAAGCGAUGAUGAAAGAGAGCUGCUGCAAAGUGAAGUAAAACCAGCUGACGAACGACUGGAAGCCGCAUUCAAGGGCGCUUUUGACGGAACUAAUAGCAAAGAGACCGGGAAAGAUGGAAAGCGGAAGAAGAAGAAGAAGAAGAAGAGCAAGAAAGACCGCGAUUCAGCAUCACACAAAGGUCGGGACGGGAAGGAGCCCGCAGUAGAAGUUAGCUUGAUUGACUUCGAGGAUGCAUCUGCAACAUCAAGCUCGAGAGAAGAGGCUCCUUCGUCAUUUGUUUGUAGGGCAAUUUCGUUAGAAGUACUAACUUGGUUAGAUUGA